UCUCUCCUCGCCAUGGCGCCGUGUCCCUGCUCUCUCAGUUACUGAAAGUGGCCGCCUCUCUGCUGCUGCCGGCCCAGCGCUCACACACUCGCUCGUUGCCCAGCACCGCCAUCUUGGAGACAGAGAACUGGGAGCCGGCAGCGGCUGAGAGAGAGAGAGAAAAGGGGACCCGGGGGCCAAGUAGUGGAUUUUGCAACCCACGUGUGGGUUUGAGAAAAGCUCCCUAUGGCCUUGGAUUUGGACGAAACAGAAGAUGGUGUCUUUACAAAGCUGGCAAAGCCUCUCCACCUACAAUACCUUGAAAAAUCCCUGAAGCUGGAUGCCUUCCUCCGUCAGACUGCAGCUUUGUUCAACAGGAACAUUUCGAGUGAUGACAGCGAUGAUGGCUUGGAGGAGGACCACUCCCUGACCCCCUCGGACACCUGUGGUCCCCUCCUGAGGGUGAAGGAGGAGCCCCUCGACUCCGGGGAGAGGGGAGAGCCGUGUGGAGCUGCUGGGCUGGGAUCGCUCCCGGACAGCCGCUCACUCAAUGGAGCCCUGCCGCAUGAACAAAAAGUGGACAAAGCAAGUCUGUACAACUUUACAAAAUUGAAGAAAAGUAGAAAAUGGCUUAAGAGUGUAUUGUUGAGCGAUGACACCACAGACUCGGACUCCAAUUCUGAUGACGAGGAGUUCACCCUCUCUAAAGAGGAGCUGCAUGACAUGCUGAGGCUGCACAAACACAAUAAGCUACACCAGAGCAAGUUCCACACAGACCGGGAGUUACAGCAGUACCAGUACUACAGCGCCGGGCUACUGUCCACUCACGAUCCUUUCUACGAGCAGCAGCGCCACCUCCUGGGGCCAAAAAAGAAGAAAAUUAAAGAUGAGAAGAAACUGAAGGCCAAGCUGAAGAAGGUGAAAAAGAAGAAGAAACGUGAUGAAGAAUUCUCCACAGAGGGACGCAUCUACACCAACAAAAUUUUUGCCAAGUUCUCCCAUGAUGCCCCUUUGCCGGUGUCAAAGAAGAAGCACCUCACUAUCGAACAACUAAAUGCACGUCGCCGCAAAGUCUGGCUCACUAUUGCCAAAAAAGAAAAUCCCAAGGCAUUCAAGCAGAAAGCUUCGGCUCGCAACUUUGUUUUAACCAAUGCUAAAAAGCUGGCUCACCAGUGCAUGCGGGAGGUGCGCCGGGCAGCCAUCCAGGCCCAGAAGAACUGCAAAGAGACCCUCCCCCGCGCCCGCCGGCUCACCAAGGAGAUGCUGCUCUACUGGAAGAAGUACGAGAAGGUGGAGAAAGAGCACCGCAAGAGGGCAGAGAAGGAGGCGCUGGAGCAACGCAAACUGGAUGAAGAGAUGAGAGAGGCCAAGCGACAGCAACGAAAGCUGAAUUUCCUGAUCACACAGACCGAGUUGUACGCCCAUUUUAUGAGCCGCAAACAUAAUGCAGGGAAUGAUGGGAAGCAGGAGGAGAUCCUGAGGAAACUGGAAGACAACUCAACAUACCGACAGAUUGAUGUUGGGGGAGGAGUGAUGGUUAACGUUGGCCAAGAAGAAUAUGACAGCGAUUACUAUAAAACUCAGGCUCUAAGGAAUGCAGAGGAAGCAUUUCAGAUCCACCAGGCGAGAACCCGGCUUUUCGAUGAGGAGGCCAAGGACAGCCGCUGCGCUUCCCUGCGCGCGUCGAACAGCGCGGGCUCGGGCUUUGGAGAGAGCUACAGCCUGUCCAAUCCCUCCAUCCGAGCGGGAGACGACAUUCCCCAGCCCACUCUCUUCAACGGCAAGCUGAAGGGAUACCAGCUGAAGGGCAUGAACUGGCUGGCCAACCUCUAUGAACAGGGUAUCAAUGGAAUUCUUGCGGAUGAAAUGGGUUUGGGAAAAACCGUUCAGAGCAUAGCCCUGCUGGCUCACCUGGCCGAGCGAGACAACAUCUGGGGUCCAUUUCUAAUCAUAUCCCCAGCUUCUACACUCAACAACUGGCACCAAGAAUUCACCAGAUUUGUUCCGAAAUUCAAGGUGUUGCCUUACUGGGGCAAUCCACAUGACAGGAAGGUAAUCCGGAAGUUUUGGAGUCAGAAAACAUUGUAUACCCAAGAUGCACCUUUCCAUGUGGUGAUCACUAGUUAUCAGCUUGUGGUGCAGGAUGUGAAGUAUUUCCAGAGAGUGAAGUGGCAGUACAUGGUGUUGGAUGAGGCCCAGGCACUGAAAAGCAGCACCAGUGUCCGAUGGAAGAUAUUGCUGCAGUUCCAGUGUCGAAACAGGCUGCUUCUCACAGGAACACCCAUUCAGAAUACAAUGGCUGAGCUGUGGGCCUUGCUGCAUUUCAUUAUGCCGACUCUCUUUGAUUCGCACGAAGAGUUCAAUGAAUGGUUCUCCAAGGACAUCGAAAGUCACGCGGAAAACAAGUCAGCCAUUGAUGAGAACCAGCUAUCUCGAUUACACAUGAUACUGAAGCCAUUUAUGUUACGGCGCAUCAAGAAGGAUGUGGAGAAUGAACUCUCUGAUAAGAUUGAAAUUCUGAUGUACUGUCAACUGACAAGCCGCCAGAAGCUCCUGUACCAGGCCCUGAAGAAUAAGAUCUCAAUAGAGGAUCUUCUCCAGUCUUCAAUGGGAACAGCACAGCAAGCACAGAACACUACCAGCAGCUUAAUGAACCUCGUCAUGCAGUUCAGGAAGGUGUGUAACCAUCCUGAUCUUUUUGAACGGCAAGAGACCAGAUCACCUUUUCACAUGUUCUUGAAACCCUAUGUCAUGUCUAAGUUCCUUUUUCGGCAAGGCCUGAUCUCAACGUUCAAUCAGUGUCGGACCAGGCUGCUACAGGUCCCGUUGUCACCAUUUUCUCCACAGCACAUUCAUCAGUCCUUAUUUCACAGAAAAGGUAAUGAUGAGAGCAGCUGUUUUUCCUUCCUGCGUUUUAUAGACGUGUCUCCAGCUGAAAUGUCUAACAUGAUGCUUCAAGGAACUGUAGUCCGAUGGUUAGCUCUUUUUUUGUCUCUGAAGUCUUCUUACCGGCUAUAUCUGCAACGCUUGUGGUCUGUGGAAGAGGAAGAGCCUAAGGCCAAAUCCAAGUUCCUGUCCAACAGGGAUCUUGUGCUGUGGCUAAACCAUCCCACUUCGUUCCCCAGUGCGCAGAACAGUCCUGUGCUACAGGAACUUGUCUUCACCAGCCAUAGCCCCACUGUAGUGAGCCACAAUGACGUGGUGAUACACCGCAGGAAAUCAGCUACCUCCGUCGUGAGGCCCUGCCAGGCCACAGAGCUUCCCAAGUUCGUUUUCACCUAUGUCUCACGGGUGACUGCAGUGCCCAUGGAACGAUACUGCAAUGAUCGCAGUGCGGAAUAUGAGUGGAGGGUGACCAGGGAAGGAGGAAGCACCACGGCCAAGCAGUGCUUCCUGUACGGAUCCCCUGAGCUGGCGGCCAGCUGGACGGGUCGACUGCAGGCAUUUUUCCCUAGUAGGCCGGGGGGUGUUGUAGCCCUGCACCCUAGACACGGCUGGUCCUUCAUCAGGAUACCUGACAAGGAGACUCUGAUCACAGACAGCGGGAAGUUGCACACCCUAGACCUGCUUCUGACGAGGCUGAAAUCCCAAGGUCAUAGGGUCCUUAUCUACUCCCAGAUGACACGAAUGAUUGACCUGCUGGAGGAGUAUAUGGUUUACCGUAAGCACACUUACAUGAGACUUGAUGGCUCAUCGAAGAUUUCAGAAAGGCGUGACAUGGUGGCAGACUUCCAGAGUCGGACAGAUAUCUUUGUCUUCCUUCUGAGUACCAGAGCUGGGGGCCUGGGAAUAAACCUGACGGCUGCCGAUACUGUGAUAUUCUAUGACAGUGACUGGAAUCCCACAGUAGACCAGCAAGCCAUGGACCGGGCCCACAGGCUAGGCCAGACCAAGCAGGUGACUGUGUACCGGCUGAUCUGUAAGGGGACCAUCGAGGAGCGCAUCCUGCAGCGCGCCAAGGAGAAGAGCGAGAUCCAGAGAAUGGUGAUCUCAGGUGGCAAUUUCAAACCAGACACACUGAAACCCAAAGAGGUGGUCAGUUUGCUGUUGGAUGAUGAGGAAUUAGAGAAGAAGUUAAGACAGCGUCAGGAAGAAAAGAGACAACAGGAAGAAUGCAACAAGGUGAAAGACCGCAAAAGAAAGCGAGAGAAAUAUGCAGAAAAGAAGAAGAAGGAGGAUGAGGUGGAUAUCAAAAAGAGAAAGGAAGGAGUGAAUAUUGUCAUUCCUUUCGUUCCGUCUGCAGACAACUCCAACCUUUCUGCAGACGGGGAUGACUCCUUCAUCAGCGUGGACUCUGCAAUGCCCAGUCCAUUCAGCGAGAUCUCUCUGAGCAGCGAACUUCAGCCGGGCUCCAUCCCCCCGGAUGAGAGCAGCAAUGACAUGCUGGUGAUCGUGGACGACCCCAUGUCCUCUGCGCCUCAGUCCCGAGCGACCAACUCCCCCGCCUCCGUGACGGGGUCCGUCUCCGACAACAUGAACGGUGUCUCUACUCAGGACACUUCCAGUCCCGGGCGCGGGAGGUCAGGCCGGAGCCGUGGGCGUCCCAAGGGCUCAGGAGGAGGGACCAAGACUGCUGGGAAGGGGCGGAGCCGCAAGUCUACCGCAGGCAGCGCGGCAGCCAUGGCCGGGGCCAUGGCGGGGGCCGCGGCUGCUUCUGCCGCUGCUUACGCUGCCUACGGUUAUAGCGUAUCAAAAGGUAUUCCUGCUGGAAGUGCUCUGCAGCCCUCCCUGGCACGGUCCUCUGGUGCGUCGUCCUUUGUGCCAACAGGAACCUCUUCCCCGCUGAGUUCGCCGCAAGCCAAGAGCGGCGCUGUCCCGCCCAGCCCACAAACCCUGAGUUAUACCAGCACCCACAAUCCCCCGACCCCAACCAGGAAGAGCAAGGGACCCACUACGCCAGGGGGACGAUAGCAAAUAUCUGCUCUUGCACAGCCGUCUUCUGUAAAACAUUCAGCCCCAUCCUUCACCGGAUUAAUUUUACAUGGAGCCCCAGUGGAAAGGAAGUCAAGAGUCCAAUUCAUAUUCAGUAAACCAGGAACUAAAGUUUAGAACAGUACGUUCCUCAACAGAAAAAACGUCCCAGACAUGCUCUACCAUUUCCUGAGAAGCAGCAGUCUUUCGCAAUGGAUUACAACUGAGGCCUGCUGGGAAUCAGAGUACCCAGAGGAAUGUGUGAGCUGGAUUUAGCAAACAGAGCACUUGAACUGAACAGCUCUGUUGGAAUAAUGUGCUUUUCCCCAAUGUGUUGCUUUUCUUUUUUUUUUACCAGUGUGUGUACAGGUCUUCAAACUUUGCCUCUCUUUUGUUCUUGCGUCUUGCAAGAUAAUGUAAAGUUACUUGCCUUGUGAGAAACUAUUUAUCAGUUAUGUGGCACCAGUGUCGAGUCGUGAAAUACUGUUUGUAUAGUACACGAGCUGCCACAUUGAAGAAACUAGUCUUCAUAAAAGGGCUAAUAAAAUUGAACCAUUUCCAUCAAGAUGCUUUCCAGGUGCACUUGUGGGUGAAGUAUUUAUUACGUUGCUUUUGAAGCUGUAUUUCAAACUUUAAAAAUGUUUUUUUUAACUUCCAUUGUAUGUCCAUUGUAAUUUCCUCAAACACCUUAAACACAACAGUCCUUUGCGUUUGUUCAAUUAUUAGGAACUUUCUUUUGUGCUGUACAUGGACCCUUUUUAUAGGUUUAGUACGAGGUGAUGUGUAACAGAGCCUUCUGCAUUUCUGAUAAGAAAAAUGUGUGCUACAAAUUAUUUCCAAUUACAAAUGUGGAAAAUGCAGCCUGAAUUGUUCAUUGUCGGCCUUCGUGGUACAUAAUAACCCAAAUUUGUGCUAGGGCACUGCUAGCUGCAUGGAAAAGGCUUUUACUUUUCAACUUUACCAUUAUCCAAAACCUGCUUUGAAUUUGUGAUUGUUGCAAGAAUCUGGUGUUUAGAAGCUUAAGAGAAGCAUUCCUGGGAUCCACAUUCAGAAUAGAUUGUAUUUAGUACUUAUUUGUAAUCUGUUGGAAUGCAAAAAUGGGAAAACAGUCCAGGAGGCAUUAAAAAAAAACAAUAUUGAUAACAAUAUUUGAUUAUUUGUUUUUCAGUAGCUUAGAUAAGGUAUUCUAACUGGAGCAAUGUAAUUACGGUUCAAAGACACCACUUAAGGUUAAAGCCAUUGCAAUUAGUUUCAUUGCUGUUCUACAGGGAGCUAGAGUGUGAGAAUUUAUAUGAACUUCUGACUGGCAUUGUCACAGCAAGGCCCUAAAUUGCCGAAAAUGUUUACUCCUGUCAAAUAAUCAAAUAGAUGUUUGUAUUAUAGUCUUUAUUUUUUUACAAAACGAAAUAUCUGUUGAAUAUUGUACCCGAAAUCAGCAGCAAGUAGGACUGAUCUCAAUGGAAAUAAAAUGAAUCUAUGUAGAUUUUACGUUUAGAUGAAAACACUUGGAAGAGGCCUUUCUUAAUAUUGUUUUACACUACUGAAAACAUAUGGACCGAAAAAAAGGAUCAAAUAUAUUUUUGUCACUUUAAACACAUUGGAAAUGGUAGUUUUCUAGGUAUAUAAAUGGAAAGGGUAUUUUUAAAUGUACGGACUGCUAAGAAAGCCUCACUAUUGUUGAAAGGUUUUAACUUCACCAAUCACCAAGUAAUUGCUAGAUACAUGGAUUAUCAGAUGGAUCUAUGGUAGAAAGCAACUGAUGGAAAACUGUUAAUGUGACUAUUGCAUGUAGUGAACCUACUUUUUAAUCAGGAAACGUUAAACCUAAAUUAAAAUUUUACAAUCCUAAAUUUAGAUAAAAUCCAGUGUUCAUUUCACAAUACAAUGAAGACUAGAUGCCACAUUUUUUUUUUCAAUUAAAUAUUUUGUUUGCUGCCUGAAUUCAAUGUACAUAGUUGGAAGAUAUUUCUCCCUUAAAAUUAUUUUUCCUUUUAUGUUUGUCUAUUUUUAUAGAUAAAUGUGUAAAUAUGUAUAAACUGUCCUUUUACUAACUGGAGAAACAAGUUCAAAAUAAAU